CUAGUCUUUCUGACAAUUGAAUUUUUUUUGGAGUUCUAAAUUCGAAUGAUAUUAUGCAUUUAAUGGUUUUAAAUUAGAGAUACAAAAAUAAAUUAGUUAAGGUGGCAAAGCCAAGUGUGUUAUCGUGUACUAUUGUGUGUUAACGUCAAUGUCAAAAAGAAAAAUGGGUCGAAUAAAACUAAAAACGAAAAUGGGAAAGCACAGAACACUAGAGCAGGACGAAAUAUUUCUUAAAUUCAUGCGAAACAAUGAGGACAUUGCUAAGGGCUUCACUCGGGGCGAUAGAGUGGCAGUGGCGGCUGCUUGGAAGGAGCUCAAGAAGGAGCUAAAUGCCUCUGGACCGCCAUGCGUGUCGGAGGAAGAACGGCGUGGAGUAAAUCUGGAUGGACUGGAAACUAGGAAUCAACAGGAAAUUGCCGAGAACAACAAAGAAGCCCAUAAAAGCAGGAGGCAUUGACGCCCACAGAGUCAGAAGUAGGCAACGGGUCUGACUUCAUUCUUAACAUCCUGCGCUCCUUCUAAAAAGAUCUCUCUUGCUAUUAAACCGGCGAUUGUCAUUUA